GACGGGCACGGGCACGGACACGGGCGGCGCCACCUCUCCUACUAGAUGUCGUCGCUUAGCCAAAAGACCAAGCAGUGGAUUGUGGCCGGAGUGGGCCUGGGUGCGGUCACCGGUGUGGCCAUCUUCCUCUGGCGCCAGUCCAAGCGGAGGCGGCUGCUGCGGGUAGAGACGGACCUAGAGGUGGUGGACUCGUGGGAUGAGGCCGACCUGGCCAAGAUGAAGAUUGCCGAGGAUCAGGCGUCGCGAGAGCUGGACUAUGAGCACCAGGCGGUGGUGCUGGAGAACAUGGCGCUGUUCUACACUCGGCGAGGCAAGCACGAGGACGCGGCGCUUGCGCUCAAGACCCUGCUCAAUGUGCAAGAGAAGGUGUAUCAGACGUCGGUGUGCAAGGAGCGGGCGGCAACGCUGUUUAAGCUCGGCCUCUCGUACGGGCACUCUGGCCAACCGCUGCUAGCUGUGGCGGCCUUUGAGCGGCUUGUCGAGCUGGAGACUCGCCUUGGUGUGGUCUUCCACCAGGCGUACCAGCCGCUGGCUGCGAUUUACAUCGAGAUGGGCCAGUACGCCAAGGCGCAGGAGUUGUACGAGACGGCGCUCGCGGAGGGCGCUGGUGAGCUCGGCUACGCCGCCCGCAAGUACCUCGACGGUCUCGCGGUGUGCCUCUUGGAGCAGGGCGUCGAGCUGGACCGCGCCCGCGAUCUCUUUGAGCAGGCUCGCGACAUGGCGGCCGAGCUGCCGGCCGAGCUCGGCGGGCCGGUGGAGUACGCCAUGGCUCUCAUCCACCUCGCCCGCUUCCACUCCAAGACAGAGGACAUGGCGACGGCGGCGACGCUGCUGGACGACGCCGUCAAGACCCUCAAGGGCGCGACCGGGCGCUCGCACCCGGACCUGCCGGGCACGCUCUCGGACCUCGCCCGCAUCAAGCUCGCGCUUGGCGACUACGACGGCGCAGAGGCCGCCCUUGUCGAAUGCAAGGAGACGCUCGAGCUCGGCGGUCUGGCCAACGUCGACGACAUUGCCCGGACUCAGAUGUCGAUCGACAACGUCCGCCGCGAAAAGGCCAACGCCGUGCGCGCUCCCCUCAUCUAAUAACACCUGGUACAGUUGCC